AUUUUAUCAUAGAUAUUCUUAUGGAGGUUUCCCUCUCGUCACCUAAUUACACAGACGUUGACCCAAUCACAGGUGAAUUUUCUUUAGAUCUAGAAUAUGCAGAUGACAUAGUCCUGUUAGGUGAAGACGCUGACAAGAUGCAGAGUCUUCUGAACACUUUGAGUGGGAAUUUGAGAAUGUUUGGGAUGCGACUUUCACCACCCAAAUGCAAAUUUUUGCUCCAGGACUGGUCUUCAGCGGUGCCCCACCGCGGCUAACAAUAGAGAGUGAAGUGGUUGAGUGUGUUGACCACUUCAAUUACCUGGGAAGUAGGAUCAACCCUGGUGGGUUAGUUGCCGAUGAGAUUUCUGCACGGAUACAAAAGGCUCGAUUGGCUUUUGCCAAUUUGCGCCACCUAUGGCGCCGCCGUGAUAUUCGUUUGUC